CGACGGCCCAAACCAACCGCCCCACGCGGGACCUGGCCCACGGGUGGCAGCUGUGCCAUGGGCUGUGGCAACUCAAAGCCACCAGAGGCGGCGAGCCCAGAACAGGGCGGACAUCCUUCGCAGCCACCGUCGCAUCAGCAGCCCGUGGUACCAGCACCACAAGCAUCCCCUGCCACUGUGAGGAGUGACAAAGUCAUUGUGCCUCGCAGCUUUCGUUUGCUGGACGAAUUGGAGAAAGGACAGAAGUGUGAACGAGCAUCGCAUCUUUCAUGGGGCUUGGCCUAUGAUGAUGACAUCACACUGACGACUUGGAAUGGCACCAUUUUCGGACCCAUCGAUACAGCCUUUGACAAUCGCAUCUACUCCCUAGUGAUCGUCACGGGGCCCAGCUAUCCCGACGUCCUGCCGGAAGUGCGCUUCACGGCGGGGAUCAACAUGACGUGUGUGGAGCCCGAUGGACAGGUGAAACCUGCGUGGGGAGUUCUAGGUAAUUGGAAGAGAGAGUACACCAUUGAGACAGUCCUAGAUGCACUUCGACGCGAGAUGUGCAGCCCCAACAACCGCCAUUUGCAGCAGCCUGACACUGCCCCACCGGCGGGAAACGGCUAGCCCGAGCGGUCGAGGUGGCACGCGACUCGCUGAAGGGCAGUUCCGCGUGGUUUCGACAGCUCCACUGAGGAAACGAAAUCUGUUUUGGAUGGUUCAUGGUAGCGUCGGC